GCGUGAACGCGCAAUGCUGAGCCGCACUGAUUAGCAAGACGGAGAGGAGUUUUCAGCGACCGAGCAGCGAAGAACUGCCGUUUAAUUGGAUUCAUACUGCGAACAUGCUCGGAUAAAAAAGAAAAAGAAAAAAUGCGUAGGUUUUCAACACGGACUUGACUUUCGAGGACUUUGCUCGGAGGCAAGUGAGGCGAGUGAGAAGAAAGCAAAUUAAUUCAGUGGGAAUGCAGGGAAUUAAAUAGAGACUGUGAUUUUUUGCGUGCCUACAAGUGUGUGUGGCUCCACGGUCAAGCCUGACAAGAGACGGGAAAACUCAAGUGCCACUUUAAAUUGACUUUACAGCUCACGUCUGGAGUGGUAAUGUCUUGAAUUGGUGGAUCCUCCUACACAGUUAAGAACAUGCCAGUGCCGGGCUGCUGCUAAUGGGAACUCCUGCUCCACCAUGAGUGCUCGUGAUGGCGUUGGUGGCAUGGGCACCCUGGGUCGUCGGCAGCGCUUCGAGAACUCAGAGUUCACCGUGCGCAUCUACCCAGGCGCCCUGGCAGAAGGCACAAUCUACUGCCCAAUCAGCGCCCGCAAGACCACCACAGCCGCUGAAGCCAUUGAACGUGUCAUUGAACGGCUCAAGUUGGACCGCUCCAAGUUUUAUGUUCUGGCUGAGGUGAAAGAAUUUGGAGGUGAAGAAUGGAUUCUGAACCCCAACGACUGUCCCGUGCAGAGGAUGAUGCUCUGGCCCCGUAUCGCACUAGAGCACCGGCCGCUGUCAGGUGGAGAGGAUUACCGCUUCCUGCUAAGGGAGAAGAAUCUGGAUGGCUCGAUUCACUAUGGCGGCAGCCUUCAGAUGUGGCUGCAGGUCACAGAAGAGCGCAGGCGCCUGAUGGAGCGUGGACUGCUGCCACAGCCUGAAUCUCAGGGUGACCACGCAGAUCUGUGCUGCCUGCCAGAGCUCAACGAGCGCACGCUGCUGGACAACCUGCGCUCGCGCUUCCGCCAGGAAAAGAUCUACACUUACGUUGGAAGCAUCCUCAUCGUCAUUAACCCCUUUAAAUUCCUGCCCAUCUAUAACCCCAAGUAUGUGAAGAUGUAUGAUAAUCAUACACUUGGAGAUUUGGAGCCACAUAUUUACGCCGUGGCAGAUGUGGCUUACCACGCCAUGCUCCAGAGACAGAGGAAUCAAUGCAUUGUUAUAUCUGGGGAGAGCGGCUCUGGGAAGACGCAAAGCACAAACUUCCUCAUUCAUCAUUUGACUGCUCUCAGUCAGAAGGGUUUUGCUAGUGGAGUGGAGCAGAUCAUCUUGGGGGCAGGGCCGGUAUUGGAGGCAUUUGGGAACGCAAAGACAGCACAUAACAACAACUCCAGUCGCUUUGGGAAGUUCAUUCAGGUGAACUACCAGGAGAGCGGCGCUGUGAGAGGAGCUUACGUGGAGAAAUACCUCCUGGAGAAGUCAAGACUGGUCUAUCAAGAGCACAAUGAACGAAACUACCAUGUGUUUUACUACCUGCUGGCAGGAGCAAGUGAAGAAGAGAGGAAAGCCUUUCACCUCAAGAAGCCUGAAGAAUACCAUUACCUCAGUCAGAUGUCAAAGACAAGCCACCAACGUCAAUGGGAGAGUUACUGUGAGAGUGAGCCGGACUGCUUCAAUGUAGAAGGAGAGGACUUGAAGCAUGACUUUGAGAGGCUUCAGCUGGCCAUGGAGAUGGUGGGCUUUCUUCCUGCCACACGCAAGCAGAUCUUCUCUCUGCUGUCGGCCAUCCUUCACCUGGGUAACAUCCGCUACAAGAAGAAAACUUACAGGGACGACUCGAUAGACAUUGUUAACCCAGAGGUGCUGCCUGUUGUGUCAGAACUGCUGCAGGUCAAAGAAGAGAUGCUGUUUGAAGCCCUGACAACGCGGAAGACGGUUACUGUGGGAGAGAAGCUGAUCGUUCCCUACAAGCUGGCUGAGGCUGGUACAGUGAGAGACUCUAUGGCGAAGUCUCUGUACAGUGCUCUGUUUGACUGGAUUGUCUUCAGGAUCAACCACGCUCUGCUCAACAUCAAAGACCUGAUGGAAACCACCAAGAUCUUGUCCAUUGGAGUCCUUGACAUAUUCGGUUUCGAAGACUACGAGAACAACAGCUUCGAACAGUUCUGCAUCAACUUUGCCAACGAACGUCUCCAGCAUUACUUUAAUCAGCACAUCUUCAAACUUGAACAGGAGGAAUACAGGGCAGAGGGCAUCAGCUGGCGAAACAUAGACUACAUUGACAACACAGGCUGCAUCAACCUGAUCAGUAAGAAGCCCACAGCGCUGUUCCACCUACUGGAUGAAGAGUGCAAUUUCCCUCAAGCCACCAACCAGACUUUGUUGGAUAAGUUCAAGCGACAGCAUGAAGGAAACAGCUACAUCGAGUUUCCUGCUGUCAUGGAGCCCGCCUUUAUUAUCCGACACUACGCUGGCAAGGUCAAGUACGGAGUCAAGGAUUUCAGGGAGAAGAACACAGAUCACAUGCGCCCGGACAUCGUAGCUUUACUAAAGAGCAGCAAGAACGCCUUCAUCUGCGGGCUUAUCGGCAUCGAUCCGUCGGCAACUUUCCGCUGGGCAGUGCUCCGCGCAUACUUCAGGGCCAUGGUGGCUUUCAGGCAGGCUGGAAAGAGACACAAGCACAAGAAACACACUGGGCAUGAUGACGCUGCUCCCUGUGCAGUAUUGAAAAGUACGGAUAGUUUUAGCUUUCUGCAUCACCCUGUGCAUCAGAGAAGCUUAGAGAUCCUGCAGAGAUGCAAAGAGGAGAAGUACACUCCAGAUGAGAGUGAAAAUGAUGAAAGUGAAAACGGUGUGACUAGAAAGAGUCCACGUACGCCACUCUCAGACCUGCAGGGAAGCAACACCAUCAAUGAAAAAUCACCACGGGGUUCCCCAGGGCUCGGCUGGAACGGGCGCCUGGGUAGACAGAGCCGCUUAUCAUCCAGCAGCUCUACUGCAGAAGAUGAUGGCAUCUUUCUCAACUCUACCAGCAGCAAACUCCUGGAGAGAGCCCACGACAUCCUCAUGAGGAACAAAAACUACAAAUCUAAGCCCGUUCUUCCAAAGCAUUUACUCAAUGUGAAGUCACUGAAGUACCUCAACAAUCUGACGCUUCACGACCGCAUCACCAAGUCACUGCUGCACCUCCACAAGAAGAAGAAACCACCCAGCAUCAGCGCACAGUUCCAGGCCUCUCUCAAUAAGCUAAUGGAGACUCUGGGUCAGUCUGAGCCUUAUUUUGUCAAGUGCAUCCGUUCCAAUGCUGAGAAGCUGCCCUUACGGUUUAAUGAUAACCUGGUGCUGAGGCAGUUGCGUUACACAGGUAUGCUGGAGACAGUACACAUCCGGCAGUCGGGUUACAACAUCAAGUACACUUUCAAGGACUUUGUCCAUCACUUCAGUGUGCUGCUUCCAGAGGGCACCAGUGCUACCAGAGAGGGCAUCCAGCAGUGCCUGGACCAGCUAGACCUACAAGCAGAUGGGUAUCAAGUUGGAAAGACAAAGGUGUUUCUGCGGGAGGCUGAGCGUCAGCAGCUGCAGGCCUUCCUCCACAAGGAAGUUCUGAGACUCAUCGUCAUGCUGCAGCGGCGAUUCAGAGCCCGGCUGGAGAGGAAGCAGUUUGUCCGGAUGAGAGAAGCAGCAGUCUGCAUCCAGAGAUGGUGGCGCUCUGUCCGGUCCAUAGACGAGGAGGAGGAGGAGGACGACGACGACUCUGACCUCAGUGUCCAGGAGGGGGCAGCUUUGUGUCUGCAGAAACACUGGCGAGGUUACAGAGAGCGUCAGAGGUUCAGGCUGUGGAGGGAGGCUGCUCUGGUGCUACAGAGGGCAUGGAGGUUCUGGCUCUGUCGGCGCUGCACGGCAGCUCUGGUCAUUCAGGCAGCCUGGCGCUGUCAUCGAGCCAGAGAAGCCUACUUACGCCUGUAUGCUGCUGUGAUACAACUACAGGCAGUUUGUAAAGGCUUCCUCACCAGGCAAAGCUUCAAGAAACUAAGAGAGCAGAAACUCAGGGAGAAAAGGGAGCAGCAGGAACAGCUCCUUCAGCUCCAGAAUGGCCAGGUGAGCCUCUCGCAAGACGAGGAGGAGGAGCCACAAGAAAUAAUCAUGGGACUGGACCUCAGCACUUGGGAGGAUCGUUCCUACGAACAACGAGAAAAGAGCCUUCAGGAGGUGGUUAAGGAGGCAGGAGGAGAAGAUGCUGCGACAAAAGAGAGCCCCUCCAAAACACAAACUGAAGCAACAACUUCAGUACCAGCACCCUCUGUGACAGUGCGAGAAAGGGCUAGGACUGCAGAUGAACCUAGCCAGAGAACCACCCGGGCCAAGAGAGAGAGCCGGCGGAUGAGAGAGUUGGAGCAGGCCCAAUUCAGCCUGAAGCUCCUCGAAGUGCGGGCAAAUAGCGGCGGAGCAGCGUCCCCGUGCGAGGACCGGCGCUGGUCUCUUGAACUGGUGCUUCCUGCAAGCCCACCUCUGCGUUCACCCCAAGGCACACCUGACAGCCAGAGCUCCAAAGGCAGCUUUGAGCUUCUCAUGAUGGAUGAGGAGCCACCAAAGGCCACAGAAGAGGUGACAGACACUGAGGACCCCUUCUCCCCUCUCCCGCCAGUUUCUCCAGUUUCAGAGCCUAACGUGGAUGUUGUUUCAACAAGCCCCAAGCCAACGGAACCAUACAGGACAGAGCUUUCUGAUACUGUUGCCCACCAAGGCAGCCCGAUCAAAACGGACCCCGCCCAUGUAGAUCCGCCCAAAGUCGACUGCCUCCCAACCUUUUAUGUCCCUGCUGGUGAGGGCAGUGCAGUAAUCUCCCAUCCUGCUGCAGAGUCUCAACAAAGCAAAGAUGCAGCCGUCUCCACAGCCACAUCCGCCAUCAACAAGCCUCUCAGAGACAGAAGAGAGUCAACACGGCGCCCAGUGGUGGUGGUCAUCAGUAUGCAGAAAGAGACGCCACUAAGUGAGGAGCUGAGUAACGCUGUCCGCCCCUCUGUAGAAGUUCGAGAUUCUACAGCCCAGACGGCCGACUUAACACCUUCAUCAAAGAAACCAGACAGACCUGCCGUCCCUGCUCCCACCACAGUGCCUCAAGCGGAUCAGGCUGUCAUAGAGAAGCUGGUGCGCCUGAACGAGGAGAAGGAGGAGAGGCAGCGUAAUCAGCAGCAGCAGGAUGAAAAGGAGAUGAUGGAGCAGAUAAGACGUCAGAAAGAUGUGCUGGAGAAGCAGCGUCUCUACUUCGCUCAGUAUGAAAGAGACAUGUUUGAGAAACAAAAAGAGGAGGCUCUGCUCAAGAUAGAGCAGAGUCGACAGAGCGGACAAGAUGUCAGUGGAACCGCAGCCUCCAGGAAGCCCCUCAGACCCAUUUCAGUGCUGGUUCAGAGAGCAGCAGGGGAGGUUCCUCAUACCAGGACGCUGUCAGACUCCACUGUUCCUCAACCCCAGCAGCCUCCACCACCUGCUUCUGCUCCUACAAAAAUGCACAUGGAGAAUAAGCCAGUUCCUGAGGGUUGGGCACCCAAACUCACACUAGAGUCCAGAGACAGGGGAGGAAGCAAAGAGAGAGCAACUACCAAGAAACCACCAAGCGAUCAAGGCGCCACAGUUGGUAUGAGAGAUAAGCCUGGCAGCAUCUUCUUCUCUCCAAAUGACAAAGUGACAUUUGCAAAGUUUGACAGUGAUACUGUCACUAAAGACACACCAGCUGCUAUCUCCAAAGAGGGACCAACGUCUGUGCCCAAAUCUUCUAAGGGAACAAAAGCACGGGAUGUUGGCAGAGCGGGCCAAAAAAAGAAAGCCAGAAUGGCACGGACCCGCUCCGACUUCCUCACCCGCACCCCCAUUCUCUCAGUUGGGGGCGAUUCAGACGAGGAAGACUAUGAUGGCGACAGCCUCCACAGCCCCCGUCAUUACACUCUACCCCUCUCCAAACAGAGCACCACGGAGGCAUGCCUAAGAGAGUCCUGUUUCAGUGACUCAGACAUGCCUGCAAGCUCCGAGGAGAAAAAGAAGCUACACAAAACCAUGUCUUCAGGCGAUUUGGUCAAAGAGGACUCUCUACGUAAAAACUCACAAGAUGGAAGGAGUCGUAAGAUUCUUGGGCCGCGUUUUUGGGGCAAGAGCAAGUACGUGGAUAAGAAGACUUCCAGAGAAAAGCUGAUCUGUGGGGCUGAGACCUUGGAUGGAGACACUGGAGACACUGGUCCUCUGCCUGGAGAAGCAGGUCAGGAAAACAUGUCGCCGCCAUGCAGUCCUGAUCUGACCUUAAAUCAGUCAUUAAGAGACUCGAAAGAGAACAGGGAGCCAUCUCCCAAGGUAAAGCGGAGGCGGAGUGUGAAGAUCAGCAGCGUGGCUGUAGAGUCUGCCCAGCGGCAGAAUGACACGCUGCAGAUCCUUACCUCCAUCGGCGACUACAGGAGCAUGAACGACUUCCUUGUGAAGAAGAUCAGCGACUUGGACGCAGAGGACAGCAAAAAGGACACCUUGGUGGACAUUGUGUUUAAAAAGGCUCUGAAGGAAUUUCGUCUUAAUAUCUUCAACUCCUACUCCACAGCACUCGCAAUGGAUGAUGGUAAGAGUAUCCGCUACAAAGACCUUUAUGCACUGUUUGAGCAAAUCUUGGAGAAGAUCAUGCGACUGGAGCAGAGGGACUGGAGGGAGUCUCCUGUCAAAGUGUGGGGGAACACCUUUAAGAUUUUCCUGGACGAGUUCAUGAUUGAGUACAAACCUACACACUGUACACUCAGUAAGCCAUUGCCAAAACCUGAACGCAAGAAACGGAGGAAGAAGGACACGGACAAUGUGGAGGAGCAUAACGGCCACAUCUUCAAGUCCACCCAGUACAGCAUCCCCACAUACUGUGAAUAUUGCUCGUCACUCAUCUGGAUGAUGGACCGGGCCUGUGUGUGCAAAUUGUGCCGGUACGCCUGCCACAGAAAGUGCUGCCAGAAGACGACCACCAAAUGCAGUAAGAAGUUCGAUCCAGAGCUUUCCUCCAGACAGUUUGGAGUAGAAGUUUCUCGCCUGACUAACGAUGAGAGAACAGUGCCUCUGGUAGUGGAGAAGCUUAUCAACUACAUUGAGAUGCACGGCCUCUACACUGAGGGAAUCUACCGCAAAUCUGGUUCCACCAAUAAAAUUAAGGAGCUCAAGCUGGGACUUGAUACAGAUGUGGAGCACAUGAUUCUGGACGACUACAAUAUCCACGUUAUUGCUAGUGUUUUCAAGCAGUGGCUGAGAGACCUGCCUAAUCCUCUGAUGACAUUUGAGCUAUAUGGCGAAUUCAUACGUGUCAUGGGUUUGCAGGAUAAAAAGGAACUGAUCAGAGGCGUGUAUUCAGUUAUUGACCAGCUAAGCAGAACUCAUCUAAACACUCUGGAACGCCUCAUAUUUCAUCUCGUCAGGAUUGCUUUGGAAGAGGAGACGAACCGUAUGUCACCUAAUGCCUUGGCUAUAGUUUUCGCUCCUUGCAUCCUUCGCUGUCCUGACACCACUGAUCCACUGCAGAGCGUCCAGGACAUCAACAAGACAACAGCGUGCGUAGAACUUAUCAUCUGUGAACAGAUGAAUAAGUACAAAGUGAGACUAAAGGACAUCAACACUCUGGAGUUUGCUGAGAAUAAAGCCAAGUCCAAACUGACGCAUAUCCGACGGUCAAUGAGACCAGUACUAAUAGCUGUUAGAUUUAUGUGCAUAGCACACAUUACGCAACCAGAUGCAGCCAAAAAGGGAAAAGGUCGACCAAGCUACCACAUACCUUCACCUCCUGUUAGUCCACGGCUGCAGCCUAUGGCUGACGCUGCCACAGAAGAGAGCGGCGGUGAAGAGGGAGCGGAGUCGUUACCUGACAUCCCGGAGCAUCAGCGGGCAGCCAUGCAGCAGGAAGAGAGGGUGCUGACAGAGGAAAUUGAAAGCCUUCAGAAAGAGAAGGAGGAGUUGACCUUUGAGAUGCUGUCUCUGGAGCCACGAGCCUCAGAUGAUGAGACCCUGGAGUCUGAGGCCUCCAUCGGUACAGCUGACAGCUCUGAAAACCUUAAUGUGGACUCUGAAGAGACCAUUUCUGACUUCUCUGAGAGAGGUCCUUUGAAAUCUGACGCGAAGAGCCCCCGACGCAGAGUUCUCCGCCGCCAGCCUGCGUCUCUGGAUUCUGUAGACAUCGGGUCCUCGUACACCUCCUCAUCACAUUUCCAUCCUUCAUCGUCUUCUUCUUCCACCCGGCGCUUUCGUUUCCAGUCCAAGUCUUCUGGUGUCAGCUCAGGUCCAUUGCAGGCCCAGAGUCUGACUCCACCCAUAGCCUCCCCAUCCAACAGCUUAGACAACAGCUCUACCGGAGAUCAGGAAGCGAUUUAUGAUGAAAGGCCCCAGUUUACCAGCCGAGGCACCUACAAUCCAGAUAAGGGUAAGCAGAAACUUAAAGGAGCCAGACAUACUGCCCCAAGGCCCUCCAGAGAAGGUGGUGGUCAUGGCAGAGACCCUUCAGACAUGCCACAGCGCGUGGUAGUAUAUGGAAGUAAUGAAUUCAUGGUAUGAAGGACAAUGAGACACCAAAGCAAUCCCUAUCCAACUUCCUGCCAGGCAUACAUGUUCUCAAUGGGAGAUGACAAACUGGCAACUGAUCUCCACUCCUCAAACCACUCUUGCUUAGCCUUUCAUUCUUAAAAUCUGCAAAGAAAUUUCCCCAAGUGCUGUGUACAGUGUUUCCCCCUCCUGAGGCGGGGAGGAGAAUUGUCUGGAAGAGGAACAAGAAGAAGUAGAUGGGCUCUUCUGUGGAUGAAACUGCCAAUCGUGCUCUCAGUGUCUUGGCAACUCUUUACUCAGCGCCAAGAGGAGACAAACUGAGCAGGAGGACAGAGAAAAGGGAAUGUUGGAAUAUCCAGAAGAAAACACGGCAUCAGGGAAUAUUACAGAGCUGGAAAGCUGAAGCAGUGUACUACAGAAAUUGAGAAGAAAAACAAAUCAGGCACCAUCAGGCGUCACAGAUGUUACAGUGAACUUAAAGCUCACAACUAUAGGCUGCUUUAUGAGUUUACAAUCAAUGUAAGCAGUGGAUGCUUUGUUAUUACAAAAUAAUUUUUCCCUUAUUUAAAAAUUUUAAUGUCACAGAAAUUCUUUAUAGCAUAUAAUAUACAGGUAUAAAUACUGUACAAAGCCGGAACACCAGCCUCUGCUGGGUAGUUGAAGUCAAAUAUUUAUCUUGUUUUUUUGUUUUUUUUGUUUUUUUUUUAAAAUAGAGAUUCUUGAACAGAGAUGUUUGGGUUUGGGCAGUGGAUCCCACGCUUCUGUUGUGUACAUGUGGCGAGAGCUCAUGCGUGACUGUAUGUUUGUGUAAGACAGAAAAGAAAAAAAACCCACUUAAUGUGUUUUAAGUUUGUGCUGCUUUUUUUUUUUUUCUUUUCCCCUUACAAGGGAAAUACCGCCAUCAAAGGGACCAAGUCAGCUGGUGUGUAUUCCAGCCAAGGGGAUCCCAGCUUUUUAGGAAUGUUGGAAAAUGUGAUAAAAUUCCUGCAUUCACUGCUUAACAGCCAUACAACUGUUAUGUACAAUACAGGUCAUAUGUACAGUAUAGAGAACAAAUGCCAUUCUAUUCUUGAAAUCUAUUAUUAUCCACUCCUCCCACUCCCAAAGCCAUUCUCUCCUGUCUCUUAAGCAUUUGCUCAAUAGCAACCAUGCAAGAACAUAAAA